AUGCCCAAAAUCCAUAUUGAGAAAGUAUCUGACUUGCCUCCUGAGCUGGCCGGUGCUGUAGGAACUGCUGUCUCUCGAGUUGCGGGUGCUAUCUGCCGUGUCAACCAGGAACAUGCUCAAGUAGGUUCAGAUGAUUACCAAAUGAGCUCAGGAAUUGAUACUUUUUUGGGUUUACUCAAAAAGGCAGUUCCCCACGUUCACUAUCACAUCGUUCCAGCGCCUAAUCUAUCAGAAAACGAGAGUCUCAAUGAGUCGAGCUCAUCAGAAGGCUCUUCAAUCUUCAUGCGAGAAUGGCUGCGUAGAGGAGAACUUGAGGAUUCUGAAGGCCAUGCUCUUGGCCUUAGCGGCAGGCCUAUAAAGCCUUGCAAGGAUAUGACCACCGAGGAGCUUUUGGAAGAAGAGUUAUGGCAUAGACUGGAGCUCACCCGCUUGGUUCUCUCCUUGAGCAUACACAUCGGAACAUGCACUACUCAUGGAGUACUGCUCACGAAAGUUGCUCUCCGCCACCGAGCGAUAAGAACCGAAGCCAAGUUCAAUAGACGCGGUAUACAGUUCAGAAAGAUUAGCUCGAGCAGGGGAAAACGUCUCACUGGCGGCAUUGUCCUAAUGAUUUUGACGCCGAUAUUUUCCGCCAUAGGCGCCGACAUUGUCAACGAUAUUAUAUGUGCGGUUGCUGGAACAGAUUUGGUUAAAAUUGCCAGCAUAGGAUCAUCCUCGUCUUCAUCGGUGGUAGAAUUCGGAGAAUGCUCGAUCGACCAGUCAGGGACCGAUAUUAUAUUAUAUGAGGGUGAAGGAGGUAAUAUGAACAACGAAAAGAACGACAUCAGUGUUUGUGGCGAGACAAGCCAGGCCAUUAUUGAAAAACUCGUCGAAAUUUGGUCACAAAAGCUCAUUCAUACUGUCCCGGAUGAGUUUACACAACUGGUUGAAGAAAUUGACUUAAAUAGUAGAGCAAAACAGACACUACCAAGUCAUUACCAGGUAUACUGUAAUGCUUGCGACACUCGAAUUAGCAAAGGCUACUCGUGUCAAGAGUGUCACGAUUUUGAUCUGUGCUAUGACUGCUUCGUUGGCGUGAAGCAUCAGGAUGUGAAGAGACAUCCAUACAUUGAAUUCAAGGUCCAGGAAGAAAUCAGUCAAAUUCAGCGUAUCAUGGUCUCUUUGCGACGCGAAACCGUCAUCGUGGAGCACGGUCGAGGAAGCCAUACCAAAUGCAAUGUGUGCCAUUCCAUGAUUAGUGAACCGACGAAGAUUGGACGAAGGACUGAGAUGUCAACAUACUAUAGAUGUAAAGGCUGUCCAGACUUCGAUAUAUGUACUAAAUGCUUCCCUACCGAAGCGGCAAAGGCCAUCCAUGAGGACCACAAGUUCAAUAUGAUCGUUGCAACAGACGAUGAAGCCACAAUAUCGCGCCUUUCACCUACUACUGACACCCGAAGUCCAUCUGAUUCAUUCCGUUCGGGUUCAAGUGGCUGGGUACAAACGCCUGUCGGUUCUCCUGAACCCGUUGCGUCACCUACACUCCCAUCUUCCAGGAGUCACUCGAAUCUUUUCACCCCGACUCCUUGGAUGAACUCGCCAACUUCACCAACUUCGCCUCCUCCAAUCUAUUCUUCCGUGUUCCCUGAAAAUGUCUGGCACAGAGGCCAGCACUUUGUCUGCGAUGCAUGCUACUACAGCAUCAAUGAUGACAAGCGUUUAAGCUGUGUCGAGUGA